GACUAAAAAAAUAAAAUAACAAUUCGUUAAACACAAUAUGGUAAAUUGGUAAUUGAUUCUUUGCUCAAAAUGUUGGUGUCUUGUUCCUGCAAUUUGGUGUCUCUCAAUCUUUGAUUGCCCUAGUUUUUGGAACUCUGCUGCAGAUUCUAUCGAGGUAUAUAUUUGUGGAGAUACUUACAACUUACAAGGUCAACUUUGGGGAUUUCUUGUCGUACAAAAUUAGAGAAAUCUUAUGGAUCGACUCAAUGGUUCUGCCAAUCUAAUGAUAGUUUCAGAUCUUGAUUACACAAUGGUAGACCAUGAUGAUUCAGAAAACCUUUCUCUUCUCAGGUUUAAUGCACUAUGGGAAGCUUAUUAUCGCCAUAAUUCUCUGCUAGUAUUCUCCACUGGGAGAUCACCUACUAUAUAUGAAGAGUUAAGAAAGCAGAAACCUUUGUUGACUCCCGAUAUAACGAUAAUGUCUGUGGGAACUGAGAUUACAUAUGGUGAAUCCAUGGUACCGGAUGACGGGUGGAAACAGUAUCUGGAUCAUAAAUGGAACAGGGACAUAGUUGUGGAGGAAACAGCCAAGUUUCCUGAGCUAACUAGUCAAUCAGAGACAGAGCAACGGCCUCACAAGGUUAGCUUCUAUUUGGAGAAAGGGAAGGCAUCAAAAGUUGUGCAAGCUCUCUCAAAAUGUUUGGAAAAUCGUGGGUUAGAUGUGAAAAUAAUUUAUAGCAAUGGUAUUGCUUUAGAUGUAUUACCCCAAGCUGCUGGAAAAGGACGAGCCCUUGAUUUUUUGCUUCAAAAACUAAAAACUGAUGGACUAGGACCACUCAACACUCUUGUUUGUGGUGAUUCUGGAAAUGAUGCUGAACUAUUCGGCGUACCUCAAGUGUAUGGUGUCAUGGUCAGUAAUGCGCAAGAAGAAUUGGUUGAAUGGUAUGCACAAAACGCAAGGGAUAAUGCACAAAUAACCCAUGCAACGGAGAGAUGUGCAGCUGGUAUUAUGCAAGCCAUUGGUAACUUCAAUCUUGGUCCAAAUGUGUCUCCAAGAGAUAUUAAAGACUCAAUAAUAAACAUUAAAGUUCUUAGUCCUAGCCAUGAAGUAGUGAUGUUUUACCUAUUUUAUGAGAGAUGGAUGCGUGGAGAAAUUGAGAAUUCUGAGCAGUAUAUACAAAAUCUAAAAUCAAUAUUUCAUUCUACUGGAAAUUCUGUCCAUCCCUCAGGAGUUGAUCGAUCAAUGCAACAAAUUAUAUAUACUUUGCCAAAGAUGUUUGGUGAGAAGAAGGGCCACCACUUUCGGGUUUGGAUUGAUCGUGUAUCUUUUGCAGAGGUUAGUUUGGGAUCAUGGCUGGUCAAAUUUGAUAAAUGGGAAUUAUCUGGGAAUGAGUUAAGGUGUUGUUUAACAAAGGUUUUGAUGAACUCAAAGGUUGAUGCACCAAAUAAAUUUACCUGGAUGCACUUACAUCAGAGUUGGUUGGAUGGCUCAGAAGGAAAGGAUGAUACACCUUGGUUUAUCUAAAGAAUAUUUACUAUUAUUACACUCACACCUUAGAGGUGACCAACCUGCCAGGUGCAUUGAGACAUGCCCUUCCCUGAUCUUCAUAGUAUUUCCCUCUUGUUUUAUUUGUGUAAUAAUAGGUUUAUCAAUGCAACCAAAAACCUUUUUUUUUUCUUUCUUUUCUUCUUUUGAUAGGCAAAUGUUAGUUGUUAGUACAUAUUGUUAGUGGGGAGGGGGAAAUGCCAGUAGCCAGGGAUCGAACCAUGGACUCCUUAACUUUUCAACGUCCCAACCCUUUACCACUUGGCUACAUCUUCGGGGACAUGCAACCUGAAACGUUCACAAAAUAAAUCUGAUCUAAUAAAAGAUGGAACUAAAUCCUACCAUGUAAAACAAUUAGAUGGAAACUCCAAUUGUAGUCCGUUUAUGAGCGCAAAUAUAACCUUUUCUGUAUAUGUGAGAAAUUAUAAAUUGCAGAGAGGAAGUCAUCAGAAAGAAGACAAAAAAUUGAACCACUAAAGAAGAUUCCAUUUUCAACUAAAGUUUUUUAUCAAUGACUUCUCCAUCUCAAACGAUAAAUGGCACAAAUGUUCCAUUUACAAUGAUAGCCCAUACUUCCAUAUCAUAGGACAUGAUAUGCAAUCUUUCCAAUAACCGUAGUUUUUGCUCGUAAAGGUUGUAGCUCGUAUACGACCCUUUUGGUUCCGGAAAUGUCAUAGUGUACACUCUUAAAGCUGUUAAAUUAGGUCCUUUAGACAAAAGUCAAACUACUAAUACCACUUUUUACUCUAUGGCCGGUUCCCCCAAUUUAGAGGUGAUGAAUGAUUUGUAGAUCUUCACUAGAGCUUGAUACUGAUCCUGAAGAGUCAAUACCACUUUGUCUAAUGUGAAUCAUCAGCAUUGUAAGAAGUAAGGACUUGUUCUGAAACCUAAAACUAUUUGGUGCAGUCCAUGCCACCCACCCAGACCACAUGAAUGAAUAUAAUAGCAAAAAUAACAAUAUCUUGAAUCUUGGAGCUCAAAUACUUGUUGCAGCAAUUUAAAAGUGAUUUAGCAGAACUUCUAUCUUAAUAGUUUAUUUUAAAUAUUAGUUUAUCCUAUGUCAUUUUUACUUUUUUAGCCUUGAUGAUUGUAUUUAAAGGCAUCGUGCCUCAUUUGAAAAGCAAUCAACAUUUGAACAAAUAUAUUUUUCUGUAAAACUCUUAAUUCAAUAUUAUACUUGCAUAAGCUCUCAAAGUAGAGAUUCUAAUGACAGAGCAUAAUAUUAAAUGAGACUCGGUUCAUACUAAAAAAAAAGCGAAUGUCCUUCAUUUGUCAGUUCCUGAAAAUGAUAUGCUUGGCCAAAUUUCAAUUCCCACCAGGUUGAGAAGCAUAGUUUUUCCUGAAGAAGCAAACAAUAAACCUUUC